UCUGGCGCACUCACUUCCGGCGUUGCCGGAAGUGCCGCCGUCGCCAUGGCGACGGCCCCGCCUCGGCCGCGGCGGGCAGGGCCGGAGGCCGCGGGGAUUUGCCCCGGAUUAAGGGCGCCCGGAAUUCUUCCCUUCGCCCGCCGGACUUUGCCCGGCGAAGCGGCCGCGAUUCCGAAGGGUGGGUGGGUGGGUGUGGGGUGUGUGGAGAAGCCGGUUUGGGAAUCGCACGGGGCGGAAUCGCCCGUUCCUGCCCCGGCCCUGCCCAGAGGGCGACGCCGGCGCGGGGGCGGCGGCUCUCCCGGUUUUUCCGCACCCACCCGGAAUCCUCCGGCGCGGCCGGGACGCGCCGGGAUCUCCCUUAUCUCCGGCCUCGGAUCCCGGCGAUCCCUUCCCGGAUUCCGGCCGUGCCGAGCUCAUCCCGCCGCGGCCGUCGCGGCGUUAUCCGGAGAUCCGCCGGCCCAGGACAUUCCCAGCUGGCUCCCGGCGAUCCCGGACCGCUGGAUGACCGGGAGACGCUUCCAGAGGGCGGGAAGGCAGAAGCUCGGCAGGAUCACCCAGCGGGAUUCUUGGGAUCGAGCUGACGGGAUUUUUCCGGCGUCGCGCCUCCGUGCCUUCGGAUCCUCCGCCGCCAUCCCGUGCCUUCGGAUGCCCCUCAAGCCUUAACGAGCACCCUCCACCCU